AUGGAGUUGCCGGCGGCGGAGACGGUGGCGGACUCACGUCUGCGGCCGUUGUCGAGUGCAAUGGAGCAAGCGGCAGUGGAAGUGGACGAGGAGUCGGCGGGUGCGCCGUUCGUGUCGGAUGGCGACACGUUAGGUGUGCAGUGUGUGGUCGGAGAGUUUGCAGACCCGGUGUUGGUCAGUCACUUGGUGGUACUGCCGCAGGGUUCGGAGCUGGGCGGCGUGGAGGGCAAAACGGUACCCGCGCCUGACCAAUGCGGACUGGAGCUCUGGGUCGACAACCUGCUCCCCCUCAUUACCAUGCCGGUGGUAACGCGGUCGCAGAAAUUGGAGGCCGCCAUCGCUUGUGGCAAAACACACCGCCUCCUCCCGUCGCCCGGCCCCAUCCCCGGCACCCUAGUGUUUACACCCCCCACCGCCGUGUGGCUCGACCAACCGCAGUUCCCUGACCUCCUGAUAGCUAGCAAAAUCAUUAUCCGUGGCCGCUUCCAGAAAGCUACCCUUUGCAUCUUCGGCCACGUCGUCAAGGAUCCCAAACGCACCCUCCGUGCCACUGCCAAGGCCCUCAUGCUCCAACCCUGUUUCACGCCCGCCCUCUCCGCACAGGCCUGUCCUGACGCCCACCUGGCCCUCAUGCACCCCGCCGAAGACCCUCAGGGCCGUUACACCGUCCAGCCCCGAUCUCAAGAGGAGUCGCGGUCUCAAGACGAGACCGUCCCUCGAGACGAUUUUCGGGAUGGACCACUUCAGACCUUUGGGGACGGACUACCCCCGGACAAACUACCUCCUCCGGACAACCUAUCUCCUCCGGGCAAACUAUCUCCUCCGGGCAAACUAUCUCCUCCGGGCGAGCUAGCUCCUUCGGGAUUACGUGGGGGAGUGAGCGCCAGCCCGUUAGUGCGGGGGUUGAAGGCGAAGUUGAGUGCGCCGCCAGGUCCAUUGGAGGAGGCAGCGAAGGGGUGGCGCGCCUUACGGGCGCCGCGGCCGGCGGCGAGUUACAAUGCGGAGUUCUCUGGUGAGGUUGAGUUGUUUAUGGCGGCGGUGGAGCAGUCUGGACGGGGGCCUGUGGAAGCGGGGGUGUGGCGUUUCUGGGAUGUGCUGGCGGGGAUGGUAGGGGCGCAUUGUCCAGGUGAGGGGUUGGUACGAAGAGCUCAGUUCGAGAGUACGUUGUGUGCUUGGCUCCAAGAUCCCGCACUGGACAGGCAUGCUCCGGCCUUCGCUGCACUUGUCGAUUGGGUCCAGCGGGGUUCCGAAGAUCUUUCCUUGCAAUCGCAGGAACGUCUAACACGGAUUGUCGCCAUGUUCUUCACCAAUCCUGAACGCGUAAUAAGACUCAAGGAACUAGCAGACCAAACAGUGAAACAUGCACUCACCGCCGCCAGUCGUGAUAGGCCCCGCACACUCCGUCUUGCCCUUAUCGAACUUGUGUGCGUACUUGUGUCUGCCGACCCACUUCUUCUCACCGGUGACACUCUUGCCAUUCUCGACCAAGUCAAAGACGGCAGUCAAGACGUACUCGAAGGCUUCGACGUACUCCGCGCUAUCUACGCCGCCAAGUACGCUCUUCUCAAAGGCAGACACGAACAAGCCGUCGACUGGAUCGUCGCCCUCUGCGCACCCUUCGGCGCACACUCAGACAAACCCCUAAGUAAACGAAACAACCAAGACCGAACAAAUCAAGACCAAACCCGACUCCGGAACCACGACGAAGACCCCCAGACGCGAAAUGAACAGUCGCGAAACGACCAAUCGCGGAACGAAGGAACGCGGGACGAUCAGACGCGGAAUGAACAGACCCAGACGCGGAAUGAAAAGACCCAGACGCGAAAUGAAGCGCCCCGGAAAGUAGUAGAUGAACGGCGGCCCUGGGUCAAAAAGGGCACCUCAGACUCAUUCCUUUUUAUCAUCCACAGGCUGAUAGAAGGGAAAUACCUAGACGAUUUUAGAUCGAAGGACAUCUUGCGCAUACCCCCCUCUAUCAUCGAGUUGCUCCACAAAACCGCGUUCCUCGAAGAUACAUCCAACCUUCCGGCCGGACCUCUCCUGCCCCACAUCAUCAAUUACUUCGUCCUCACCGUCGAUGGUGGCACUCUCGCGCUCUCCGACGAACUCCUCGUCAGGCUCACCCCGACUCCUAACUUCGAAACCGACAAGUUGCGUAGUGUGUCGCCGUUGUGGUUGUUGCUGCACUUGCGGCACGGUUCCUUGAGCGUGAAGGAGGUGGAGUUGGUGACGUCGCGCCGGAACGGGCGGUUUGCGGUUGCUUUGUAUUUGCUGGAGUGCGCGUUCCAUGGCGCAGGGCCGGAGCAGGAGUAUUCGUCAGUGGUGUUGCAGAACCUGACGUGUGCGUUAGAAGACUCGCAUGCCCGUCGGCACUUGUUGUCUGCGGUAUUGCACCGGCCUGGGUUGUGGGAUGAGUGUUUCGGCGAACACUUUUUGGCGAGAACGAUUAAAGUGGUGGCGCUGGCAGAUGGGCCGGAGGUAUACCGGCAUGUCACGGAGGCGUGUCUGAGCUACAGCGACUAUGAAGUCAGCUACUCGACACAGUGCGACGCAGCCAUCCGGCGGGCUGCCGGGCUUGUACACAACUUGGACGUGGGGGACGUCGCAGUCGCCAAGUCGCGACUCAUGGGUGGUUUCGAACGUGGCGGCGAUGUCUUGCUACCCACCACGUUUGUGCGCGAAUCCCAAAAUCCACAACGCCGCAAACUGAUCAAACCAUUGUUGGCACUCAUCAACGCCAUUGUCGAACUCUGCUUCGAGGAAACCGUUCGGGCCUACCUCUACAAAGACGAAAUCGGAGCGGCUGUUGUCAUGGCGCCCCUCAACCAUCUCGAGAAACCGCCGCUCGCCGUCUCCUAUCCCCCGCUGCGCUAUCUAGCUCCCGAUCACAUGCCGCGCAUGCUCUGCGUCCUACGAACCUGCUUCUGCGUCUGUGUCUCGCUCACCGUGGGGGAAACGGACUCCGCGAAGUUCCUUUCGUUCCUCGGUCCGCGUCGAUGCCGCGAUAAGGAGGCGCGCCAGAUCUGCCUUAACCUAAUUCGUAAUUUCGGGCGCUUUGCGCUCUGGGACAAACACCGGCAAAUGGACGCGGACAUCUGGUACGGCAUCAAGACACUCAUGGUCGGUUCCGCGCGCAAUUGCGACGUCGAACUACUGGAAGCCUGCAUGUCUUUCCUCCGCAACUACGUCGUGGCCGCACACCCCGCCGUCCGCUGGUGGCUUUUCAACCGCAUCGUCCUCGAGCUCCGCGGCACGCCCGUGCUAGACAAACUCUGUCUCAGCGCACUCCGCGGUGUCUACGACGACGACAUCCUCCUGUCGCUUCAUCCUCAUACCAGCGACGUCGACUGGAGUGUCAUCGUCUCGCCCACCCAGCCGCCCAUCAUGCCCAACCACGUCACGCCCGCCAUGCUCGACACGGAAGCCGGCGUCGUCCUCUGCCUCUCCUGCCCCUCCACCGCCACCCGCCUCGUUCCCCGCAAGUUCAACGACCCCAAGGGCCUCGCUCUCGACGGCGACGAACAAGCCGUAGCCCUCCGGAUCGCCGGCGAGCCUCUGGAAUUCGAUCCGGUGCACCGAAAUAUCCCCUUGGCGCACCGCGCACACGUGUGUGCGCUGCUUCCUUCCACGCAUUUUAAGGACGCAAACUCGCUCCGGGUCAGCAUGUGCUGCGACAAAUCGCGGGUCUACUCUACCAGCGUGUUCGGGGGACCAGUAGACAUUUAUGACCGCGAUAGCUUGACCUGGAGCGUGAUUAAGGACGUGGUUUGCCGCAAUCUUAUGGACCAUGUCACUGCGGAGUUCUGGCAGUCGGCGCUGUCCUCCGAACUGUCCAUUGAGGCUGUGGCUUCGUUGCUGGAUCGCGUCGUCCUAAUCUUGUCCGAUUCCAACGAUGAAGCGAUGUUAUCUCUUUGCGAAGAGUACUUGAACCUCUUCGUUAAGUGCAGGUUACCCGUCACGCAGUUAUUAACGGAGAGAAUGAAAAUGUUGGUGGAGGUAUAUUUCGAUAAGAAUGAUACGCGAGAAGAACAGCAGUUUUUGCGGCGACUGAUUUUCCCGCGAGUUGAGCGACUUCUUAAAGCGACAAUGCGGGCAUUACAGAACGUGCAACGAAGCGUCGAUUUGAGCUCGCUAAUCCACCUUUGCAAUGAAGCAGCUAAAGGCUCUAGUCGGAUUGUCAUGCUGUGCGUGGCAUUGCUGUGUCAAAUGUACAAUGUAGCUCUGAAUCAGCCCGCGCUGAUCUUCUCCCUCCUGAGUUCACUACGGACGCUAAUGUCAAGGGCCAUAGACUUGGUGGGCGACUCUACUCAGGACAAAGAUUCUACUCGGGACAAAGACUCCACUCGGGACAAAUACUUCUCUGAAGACAAAGACCCUGCUCAGCAGUCGGAAGAGGACGCGAAGAACCUGUGCAUUCUCCUCAAGUGCUUAGCUAUGCAAAUGGCCAACAAUCCUUUGCGGAUAGCCGUGACCCACGACACUGACGACACCAUGCUCGACUUUGCCUCCCCCCAUUUGGUUUCCGGAAACCCGGACAGCCUGGGGAUGCGUGGAAACGAAGUCAUCCAGAUAAUCGCACGAAACGGGACGCUGGGUCUAGCAUGUGUCCGGCUCUGGUCGCACGAAAGCGUCCGGAAGCACGUGCAGCGACUCAUUGAAGUCACCCCCGACCAGGACCGUUUUAUCCUCGUGAGGCUGCUCACAGGAACCAACACCGAGCUCCAAACACAUCCCCGUUACGAACAGUUCCUGGAGGAAAGCAAGCUCAGACCGAUGAAUGGCGCCAUUCAAGAACGGCGCCUCAGCGAUAUAAUACACACAGGGAGCAUCAUUCCGUUGGGCGUGGUGGAGAUCCUGGAGGACUUGGACGCGAUGGUGGUGGUUCCGGAGGAACAGGUGAAGUUUGGGACGUUGGAGAGUUUCUUCCCGAACGAGUCGGAGUGGUUCCUGUCACCACAGUUUGCGAUGAAGGUGACGCAGGUGAGUGAUUUCUGCAGUUCGGAAGACUUGCUGGCGAGACCAUGUGUGUUCGAGAAGACGCUCAAAGUGGAGAAGCCUCUAAAGAUUCCGAUGGAGAGCAUCGAGGACCCGGAUGCGGUGAUGGCGGCGGACACGGACGCGAACUUGAGGCAGAAGCGGUCUGUGUCGGCAAAGGUGCAGAAGAUGGUGAACAACCCGGAGGAGUGGUCUUCGUACCAGCAGUUGGCGAACCAGCAGUUGGCGAGUCAGCCUCAACUAGUGGGGCAGCCACAAUUGGCGGGACAGCCUCAACUAGUGGGACAGGCGCAACUAGUGGGACAGCCACCGGCGGCGCCACCGCCGCAGACGGAUUACCUGAUGUACAACGCCGUCGACGGUGGCGGGAGCGAGGUGUUGGACAAUUGGGACACGAUGAUCGCGCAACACCAACAAUUACCCACGGACGCCUGGGGACCCUCAGCACCGGAGCGGAUGCUCGCCGAGCCGUACCAACCGGAGGUAUACGGGUCCUUGCUGGCGCCUAUCCCGGUGAACACCGCCGACCCGCGAGUGCAGGUCCUCAUGAACGAUCCCGCAUUUGCCGCGCUCGUGGUAGACUGUGCGCAACAUGGCAUAGACUUUGCCGCGCUCCUUAACAACCCGUCGGUUUUGGCGACUGAUAUGGGAUUGCGUGCGCAGUUCCUGUUGGUGGUAAAGCAGCACCCUGCGACUCACACAGUGCUGCAGGAGGUGGGGGUGCCAGUUUGA